AUGCUCGUUCUCCUCGAUCAUCUGCUGGAACUAGAAUCCAGCUUCACGACGCUCAGCAUAUGUUGGGCGUUAGUGGGCAUAGCCGUUUUUGAGCUUUCCCUCUGGUUGUCUUCUCGGUUGUUACAGCGGUACGUGGUGCAGAGAUUUUACUUAAUAAGGCUUCAACAAUUUAACAAAUGAUCCAUCUUAAGUAACCAGCUUGUAGUUUUUGGGUUCUCCGUUUCUUAAGGGAGAAGGGGCAGCAAGAUGCUCUACUUACUUUUAGAUGGAUCAACAUUUCUUCUAGUUGAUCUAGAUCUAAUUUACAGAAGGAGAGCAGGAGGUCAACAUGUGGAGACGAAGUUUUCUGCCGAUGAUCAACGCAAGGCAGAUUUGCUGGUCGCUGCCGUGGUGUAUGCCAGCAUCUGCACCGUCCUAGGCGCCUACCUGACCUUUUAUUUAAGAAAGGUUAGCGUUAGUACUAGUUCUAGAUUUAGUGCUACGAUACUGCAGUAGGACUCGAUGUAGUAGCCACUGUCAGCAUGCGCCGUCUGAAAUCACCCCGACCACUUUGGUUCCGCGGUGUACUAACUCUAACACAAGGUUACAACUACGAUUCUGACUUGAAUCAUCGGAUAAAUAAGGCAGGGCGUUUUCAAAUGACACAGUCGACAACCGCGGACAAAAUGUUGAAAUAUAUACUACAAGAACUUACUAGAAGAUGACCUCUAAUCCUUCCAGGCUUGUAUGUGUCAACGACACGAGGAGCCUCUUCAACCUCAAGCACGUCAAGAAAUCUCUUCGAACACUUACUCUCGGACCGUACAGAUGUCGGACAUGCCUGGCGAAGGGAUGCUUCUUCCGAUGUGGGGAGUAAGGCAGUUUCGUUUCUAUUUGGGAUCUUCUUCGUAGCGACACUUCACGAAAAAGACCCAGUUUACAUUCUGCAUCACAUGUUGUUAUGAGCAAGAUCAUGAGGCCACGGGCAGUUGUUCGUGUAGUUUUUUUUUGAUGUUUUUGAAGAUAUUCAUGAAAAAGCUCAAGCUCAUGCGCGUGAACUCGUCUCAUGUAUCUCUUCUAAGAAAUGUUUGCGUAAAUGCGUAUAUCUCUGUCACAUUUCCGUACAUGCUGAUCUGGAGCAUCUACCUACUCCAAUGGGAAGUCUCGAAUGUGCCUCUGAACAUAAUGCUCCUUCACGACCACAUAGCCGCUGUCUGCAGUGACGGAUCUUACUCAUCCACUGCGAGGAGUAAGAUCAAGAAAGGUGAAGCAGGAGAUGCAGAAGAUGAAAGCGAACUGCUUGAUGUAAGUAGAUCUUCGUCAAUUACUAGGACCACGAAAAAGGACAAGAUGAUAAAGAUAAAGAAAAAUGCAGGUCGCAGAAACAGAAGUACAACUCCUUCGUCGAAGUUAAAAAGAAAUUCCGAAGAAACAGAAGAAAUGAAAUUUGCCGAAGACAAUCGACAAGUGCGUGAUAGACUUCGACGGAUUUUUUUCGUCAUUUUCGCCUUCUUCCGUAUUUUACUGGGAUGGCCGCUUAGCUUUUUGAUGCUAUCCGAUUUCGUCGAAGGUGCGACUUUCCCUGCUGCGUCUUUGCUGUGUUUCUUCGCCAUAGUCGCUUUGGGAAUGAACGUCUAUUGGUCCGUUAUCAUCGUUCAGAAGGCAAUGAAACAUCUCCUGAAGUAA